AGUGAUAAAGCACCGAUGGAACACAGUUCAUCAAAAGGACACAUCGCAGUACGUAGUGCAAUGGAACGCUGGGAAAAUCGUGUGGCUGUGGUAACUGGAGCAAGUGCUGGAAUAGGUUGGGCUAUUAGCAAAGCCCUGUUGCAGUCGGGCAUGAUUGUUGUUGGAUUGGCUAGACGAGUAGAGAAAAUCGAAGAACUAAAGUCGACUCUACCUGCGCACAUACGAAAUCAACUACACGCGUACAGGUGUGAUGUGAAUAACGAAAAGGAUAUUGUCGCGGCGUUCAAAAUGAUUGACACUAAAUUCGGCGGUGCAGAUGUACUUGUGAACAAUGCUGGUGUUUUAAAAGACACCCUACUGAUCAAACCCGGUAACACCCAGCUAAUCCGUGAUGUUAUAGAAACAAAUAUCUUGGGACUAAUUAUAUGCGCGAGAGAGGCUUAUCAAUCAAUGAAAAGGAGAAAUGUGGAUGGCCACAUUGUGAAUAUGAAUAGUGUGGUGGGUCAUGGUGUUCCGGUAGGCGUUGAUACGUUGACAACCUAUAAUGUAUACCCAGCCACCAAACAUGCCGUCACGGCGCUUACAGAGACAUUGCGCAUAGAAUUGCUUACUGAAAACAGCAAAGUCAAAGUUACGAGUAUAAGUCCUGGAGCGGUCCGAACAGAUAUUUUCAAUGAUCCAGAGCUGUUACAAAAGUCAAUACCGUUCCUGGAGCCAGAAGACAUUGCAAGCAGCGUCGUGCAUGUAAUUUCCACUCCAAAGCAUGUCGAGAUUAAAGAGCUUACUAUCAAACCACUCGGAGAGCGUUUUUAAUACAUUGUGCAUGAAAUAUUAGCAUAACUGAGAAAAAAUUGAAAAUAAGUGCAAAUAUGAAUGUAAUCCAAUAUUGGUUUUGAUUAUAGAAGUGCCAAAUAUAACAAAACAUUUUAAAAAUUU